AUGAUGGUUUUAGUAAUAAAUAUUGGAUUUUACUAUACUGAUUUGUUUCAUCUAGCAGCCGAUAAUGCCAAGCCAACAGUCCUUCUAGAACCGGAGAUCAAGCAUGAAUUCUCCCAUGCAGAGAUAGUGGAAAUUACCAACAACUUUGAGACAAUCAUUGGAGGAUCUGACAAUGUCUACUAUGGUCGACUUAAAAAUGGUCGUGAAGUUGCCGUUAAAGUGCUAAAGGAUUGGCUCGAACGAGGAACCAAGGAAUUGGUAGCAGAGGUAAAGUUAUUGAUAACUGUUCACCACAAAUGUCUUGUCUCACUUAUUGGAUACUGUGAGGAGGAUGGAAAACUGAUUCUUCUAUACGAGUAUAUGAGUGCAGGGAGUUUAAGGCAGCUGCUGUCAGGUAGGUCAUUUGGAUACUUGUUCAACAUUUUUUCCCCUGUUUUUGUCCUAAAAGGGGAUGAGGAUGAACUUGUCUAUAAACAUGAGCAUAAUACGGUAAAACUUCAGAAAAUUGAUGAGACCAUAGACGUAAAUGAGAGCAGAAGGGAUAGCACAUCUGCACUUCUAACAUGGCAAACAAGACUUCAGAUGGCAUUGAGUGUGGCAACAGGUUUAGACUAUUUACAUUCAAGCUGUUAUCCACAAAUCAUUCACAGGGAUGUGAAAACCACAAAUAUCCUUUUGAAUGCAAAGAUGGAAGCAAAAGUAGCAGAUUUUGGAUUGUUCAAAGCUGGCUACAUGGACGAUGUGACGCAAUUAUCAACUGUAGUUGUUGGCACUCCUGGAUACAUUGAUCCUGAGUACUACAGAACAAACUUGGUCACCAAAAAGAGCGACGUCUAUAGCUUCGGUGUGGUUCUCUUUGAGCUCAUGACUGGAUAUCCUCCAUUAUUUAAUGUGUCAGAAGAGUGUUUUCAUAUAGUUCAGUGGGCAACAUCAAGACUAACUCGAGGAGACAUCGAUGGUGUUGCUGACCCAAGGCUGAGAGGGCAAUAUGAACUAAACUCCAUGUGGAAAGUUGCAGAUAUAGCAAUGUCAUGCACUGCUCCAUCAUCCCAGAUGAGGCCUCACAUGAGUGAUGUGGUAAACCACCUAAAGGAGGCCAUUGAGGCAGAGACUUAUUAUCAACAAAGGACUGACAACUCAUUUGCAGAGGUUCAACAUUCCUCAUCAUCUUAUGGAUUUUCCAGCUCACAGGUAUCAAACCCAAGCCUGCCACCAGCAAGAUAG